GGCCCCGCCCCCCGCCAGGCCCCGCCCCCCGGCGCACGGCCGCCUCCGGCGCGCGCGCAGCAGCAACAGAUGGAACCUCGGACCCGGUGAGUUCCUGCUCCGGACCCGGACUGAGCCUCAUCGAUCAGUUCCGUCAGCGCAGGACAAUGGGACGACACGUGUUGUUGCUGAAUUAAGCAUAGAGAUCUGACGUCUGGAAAAAAAACAUCUGAUCAUCACAGGAAGUGUUGUUGUGAAGGGGUCAGAGGUCAGCAUGCAGAGCAUUAAGUGUGUCGUCGUGGGUGACGGUGCGGUGGGGAAGACCUGCCUCCUCAUCUCCUACACCACCGGCGCCUUCCCCAAAGAGUACAUCCCCACUGUGUUUGACAACUACAGCAGCCAGGUGACUGUGGACGGGAGGAUCAUCAGUCUGAACCUGUGGGACACAGCGGGUCAGGAGGAGUACGACCGGCUGCGGACCCUGUCCUACCCACAGACCAACGUCUUCAUCAUCUGCUUCUCCAUCUCUAGCCCUGCCUCCUAUGAGAACGUCAAACACAAGUGGUAUCCUGAGGUGUCUCACCACUGUCCUGGCGUCUCCUUGCUCCUGGUCGGGACGAAGAGCGACCUCCGCAAUGACGCGGAGACUCAGAGGAAACUGAAAGAGCAGAACCAGGUGCCCGUCACCCACCAGCAGGGCGUGGCUCUGGCCCGGCAGAUCCAGGCCGUCCGCUACCUGGAGUGCUCUGCCCUCAACCAGGACGGCAUCAAAGACGUGUUCACCGAGGCCGUGCGGGCCUUCCUCAACCCGCAGCCCGCCGUCGCCAAGAGGCCGUGUGUGCUGCUGUGACCCGACGGGUUCAGAGUGGGUGGAUGAGUCCUAAAGUUCUUGACGAACUGUAAAAUGUUUGAAUGUUCAAUGUUUGCUAAGAUCAGAUUUUAUUUUAUUUAUUGGUGUUGGUUUCUGGCGUGGCUGUGAAUGUAGGCGCAAAGAAGAACAGAAAACAGAAAAGGAAGUUAAACCAACAUCCACAUCAAUAUCUCACUUUCGAUCUUUUACAAAACAUUUCAUUUGUUUUCAGUCAUGAUUGUUUUAAUAAACAGUCUUGGAUUCCCACGGGGCGGGGGGCAACAAAAAGGGAGGGACCAGAAGUUUUAUUCAGCUGCCGCGAUGACGUCACUAAAAUAUCCAACUGAGCGACUGUAACCACAAAAAAAAUUUGUCCAUGUUUUUACAAAUUUGUGUCAAAUUAAAAUAAAUAAACAUGUUUUGGUUUCUUUA